GCUUCUCUAAUAAAUGCAGUCAAAGGGGCAGUCCCUUCUCCUUGCUCACAAAGGUCUUGUUUGGGAACCUCACCCUCACAAUAGCUAUUUCUCAUCAUGCCAAACCAGCAGAAGAAAAUCAUUUUUUGUACAGCCGGGGUGUUGAGUUUCACAUGUGCCCUCGGAGUGGUGACAGCCCUGGGGACACCGCGGUGGAUCAAAGCCACCUUCCUCUGCAAAACAGGAGCUCUGCUUGUCAAUGCUUCAGGGCAGGAGUUGGACAAGUUCAUGGGUGAGAUACAGUACGGACUUUUCCACGGGGAAGGCGUGAGGCAGUGCGGGUUAGGAGCGAGGCCCUUUCGGUUCUCCUUUUUUCCAGAUUUGCUCAAAGCUAUACCAGUGAGCAUCCACGUCAAUGUCAUUCUCUUCUCCACGAUUCUCAUUGUUUUAACCAUGGUGGGGACGGCCUUCUUCAUGUACAACGCUUUUGGCAAACCCUUUGAAACUCUGCAUGGUCCACUAGGGUUGUAUCUUUUGAGCUUCAUUUCUGGCUCCUGUGGCUGUCUGGUCAUGGUGUUGUUUGCUUCGGAAGUGAAAAUUCACCACCUCUCAGAAAAAAUCGCAAAUUAUAAAGAAGGGACGUAUGCCUACAAAACGCAAAGUGAAAAAUACACCACCUCAUUUUGGGUGGUUUUCGUUUGCUUUUUUGUUCACUUUCUGAAUGGGCUCCUGAUACGACUUGCUGGAUUUCACUUUCCUUUUGCAAAAUCUAAAGACACGGAGGCGACUAAUGUAGCUGCAGACCUGAUGUACUGAAAGGCAAGCGCUUCUAGAGUUUUCCAAGUAAGG